AUGAACAGCACAACCAAUAAUAACAAUUCCAAUCAAACCCCACAGGCACCAGCUGCACCGGCGACGGGUGCUGCCAAGCAAUCCGAAGAGGAAUCAUCUUCACCUGGAUCGCCGUCUUCCCCGGAUAAUUCGUCGGAAAAAACAGAAGCCGCCGCCGUGGAAGAGGACGUGGUGAUGACGGAGAAGGACCCUGCAGCCGCGAGUGUGAAUUCGACCGACGAUCCAGCUGAUGACGAGUCCGGGAGUCAAGCAACUGUUUUCUGCAUCAAGCUGAGGCAGCCCAAGUCCAAUUUGCUGCAUAAGAUGAGCGUUCCUGAACUCUGCCGCACUUUCAGUGCUGUUGCUUGGUGUGGAAAGUUGAAUACCUUAGCUUGUGCAUCAGAAACGUGUGCCAGGAUCCCAAGCUCAACUAGUAAUCCACCAUUUUGGAUCCCAAUACAUCUAGUCAUACCAGAGCGACCAACUGAGUGUACAGUUUUCAAUGUUAUAGCAGAUUCUCCUCGUGACUCUGUUCAAUUUAUUGAGUGGUCCCCUACUUCGUGUCCCCGCGCACUGCUUAUAGCUAAUUUUCAUGGACGUAUAACCAUUUGGACUCAGCCUUAUGGGGGACAAGCAAAUCUUGUGAAAGAGGCUAGUUGCUGGCAACUGGAGUAUGAAUGGCGUCAGGAUAUUGCUGUUGUUACAAAGUGGCUGUCGGGAGUUUCACCGUAUAGGUGGCUCUCAGCUAGUUCCAGUGGUUCCACAAAGUCUACAUUCGAGGAGAAAUUCCUCUCUCAGCAGGCACAUGCACCAGCUGGUUGGCCAAAUUUUCUCUGUAUUUGCUCUGUUUUCUCUUCGGGAUCUGUUCAGCUCCAUUGGUCCCAGUGGCCGCCUAACCAGAGCAAUGCAUCGUCAAAGUGGUUUUGCACAAAAAAAGGUCUUUUGGGAGCUGGGCCUAGUGGGAUAAUGGCUGCUGAUGCUAUUAUUACAGAUUCUGGAGCCAUGCAUGUGGCUGGCGUUCCCAUUGUCAACCCAUCGACUGUUGUUGUUUGGGAAGUCACACCUGGCCCUGGAGAUGGUUUUCAAGCCACUCCAAUGGCAAGUGUGAGUAAUGAAGUUCCACCAUCGCUUAACCCUCCUUCUUGGGAUGGUUUCGCUCCAUUAGCUGCCUAUUUGUUUAGCUGGCAAGAGUAUAUUUUAUUAGAAUCAAAACAAGGGGAUAAACAAAGGGAACGAGAUUACAGUGAUAUGAUUGCACUUCACUGUUCUCCAGUUUCCAACUUCUCUGCUUAUGUGAGUCCAGAAGCUGCAGCUCAAUCAUCAGACACCACAACUUGGGGUUCUGGUGUUACUGCAGUUGCCUUCGAUCCAACACGUGGUGGUUCAGUGAUAUCUGUUGUGAUAGUUGAAGGUCAGUACAUGUCCCCUUAUGAUCCUGAUGAGGGCCCUUCAGUGACUGGUUGGAGAGUUCAACGUUGGGAAUCAUCAGUUGAGAAUGUCGUGAUCCACCAGAUAUUUGGCAACCCGAGUUCUAAUUUUGGGGGACAGCCACCUAAGCAAACAGUUUGGGUGAGUAAAGUGAUUAAGUGCAUUCCUUGCGAGUUUAAAUGUCGUGAAGGAGCAGGGGCCAUUCCACCAAUCUGUGAAGGAAAAAAUACUCAUGAAUCCGGUGUUGAGGUUUCAAGGGGGGUCAUUUGUGAUCCAUUCGAUCUGCCUAGUGAUGUUAGAACUCUUGCUCGGAUUGUGUACUCUGCUCAUGGAGGUGAGAUUGCCGUUUCCUUUCUAGGAGGAGAGGUUCAUGUUUUCGCCGGUGUAGACUUCACAGCUGUUGAUACCUACCAGAUAAAUGUUGGUGCUGCGAUUGCUGCUCCUGCUUUCUCUUCUACUAGCUGCUGUUCAGCUUCUGUUUGGCAUGAAACUAGCAAGGAUUGCACUAUAUUAAAAAUCAUAAGGGUUCUUCCUCCUGUCCCUAGUAGUGAAGCAAAAGCUAACUCUGCAACAUGGGAGAGGGCUAUUGCUGAAAGAUUUUGGUGGAGCCUUUUGGUGGGAGUUGAUUGGUGGGAUGCUGUUGGUUGUACACAGAGUGCUGCGGAGGAUGGAAUUGUUUCGCUGAAUAGUGUUAUUGCUGUAUUGGAUGCCGAUUUCCACUCUCUCCCCUCCACUCAGCACAGACAGCAGUAUGGACCUAGUUUGGACAGAAUAAAGUGUAGGCUGCUAGAAGGUACUACUGCCCAAGAGGUUAGGGCGAUGGUCCUUGACAUGCAAGCCAGGUUAUUGCUAGACAUGCUUGGUAAAGGAAUUGAGUCAGCUUUAAUAAAUCCUUCAGCGUUGGUUCAAGAACCCUGGCAAGCAUCUGGAGAGACAUUAUCUGGCAUCGACCCUGAAGCAAUGGCUGUAGAACCAGCACUCGUUCUUAGCAUCCAGGCCUAUGUUGAUGCCGUCCUUGACUUAGCAUCACAUUUCAUUACACGUUUGCGUCGUUAUGCUAGCUUUUGUCGUACAUUAGCGAGUCAUGCUGCGACAGCUGGCACUGGUGGGAGCCGUAAUUUGGUGACAAGCCCCACCCAGAGUACCUCAACACCCGUCACAACUCAAGCAGCCCAAGGUGGAAGCACCAGCUCCACAGGCAGUACUCAGAUGCAGGCCUGGGUACAAGGAGCUAUUGCCAAGAUUAGUAGUACAAGUGAUAGCGUUCCAAAUUCAGCUCCAAACACAAUGAGUGGCCCCUCGAACUUCAUGCCCAUUAGUAUAAACACAGGAACCUUUCCAGGAACUCCAGCUGUUCGUCUUAUUGGAGACUGCCAUUUCCUUCACCGUUUAUGCCAGCUCCUGUUAUUUUGUUUUUUCUUCCGAAGAACUCAGCUACCUCGUUUUAUUGGUGCUGCUCAGAGAAAUGCCGAUUCUUCAAGUCAAAAGCCUCAGCUUGGUAUGCCGGGCAAAGCUGAAGAAAACAACUCAGCCACUGGAAAGCCAGCAUCUACUAUGAUGAGAUCAGAAGAAACACAAGCCUCGAGGUCUGGACUGGUUGUGAAUGGUGCAAAGGGGCCCGAAGAAGGUCCAACUAGCCGAUCAAGAUUAGGUUCGGGAAAUGCUGGUCAAGGUUAUACAUUUGAGGAGGUGAAGGUCCUUUUUCUGAUACUAAUGGACCUUUGUCGGAGGACAUCUGCUUUGGGUCAUCCAUUGCCUGUUUCCCAGGUUGGGAGCAACAACAUACAGGUCCGCCUUCAUUAUAUUGAUGGGAACUAUACUGUUCUGCCCGAGGUUGUAGAAGCUUCACUUGGCCCUCAUAUGCAGAAUAUGCCCCGGCCUAGAGGUGCAGAUGCAGCUGGUCUGCUUCUCCGCGAGUUGGAACUCCAUCCUCCAGCCGAAGAGUGGCACAAGAGAAAUAUGUUUGGUGGGCCCUGGUCGGAACCAGACGAGACGAGUCUUUCAGAUGAUCAUUCCAAAUACGGUAGCUCAAUGGAUCUGCUCAACCCGGGUUCAAAUGAAAAUGGCGUUGCUUACGGUGGAACUCACACGUUGUGGCCAAGAAAGCGCCGGAUGUCCGAACGAGAUGCAGCUUUUGGACUGAACACUUCGGUGGGCCUAGGAGCAUAUUAUGGUAUCAUGGGAUCCCGAAGAGAUGUUGUAACAGCCGUGUGGAAAGCAGGUCUUGAAGGAGUGUGGUACAAGUGCAUAAGAUGCUUGCGGCAGACUUGUGCUUUUGCUUCGCCUGGUGCUACCACUUCUGCUAAUCAAAAUGAGAAAGAAAUUUGGUGGAUCAGCCGGUGGGCCUACGGAUGUCCAAUGUGUGGAGGAACUUGGGUUCGAGUUGUGUAA